UCGAAAACUCAUCUCGAACGGAAGUGAAAAUUUAUUGUGCAAAUUUAACCUUUAAAGUUCAAAAAGUCAAUUCCAAAAAUGGAAAAGUUAAGUCGGAACCAAUUGCCGGAUUCUUCAUCAUCACCUCCACUAAGUGGAAUCUUUCAGACUUUCGAUGAUGAUGCUAUGUCAGACUUACCAUCUUGUGUCUACGCCAAUCCACAUCAUCAUCAUCAUCAUCAGAUUCAGCCUAUUCAACUUAAUAAUUUAUCAGCUCAAAAUUUGUCACCAAACAGCGCAAAUUUAAGACUUAAUGUCAACAACUUCAGACAAAUGCAGCAACAUUUCAUGCAGCAUGGAAAUGAAAUGGAAAAUCCAUCAAAUUUAUCAAGUUCAACUUCAUCAUCCACAAAUAAUUUGGGAAAUUAUAAUGCGCAGAUGAAGAAUGCAAGGCAACCAGGACCUAUACGCGAACGGAAGAGAACAUUGAGGUCUGCUCCUAAUGGUCAAAACCUUAAAUGUAUUAACAGCUCAAUUAAUGCAGCAUUUGAUGAUCUACGAGUUCAUGUCCCAACAUUCCCAUAUGAGAAGCGAUUAAGCAAGAUAGACACAUUGAGAUUAGGAAUUGCAUAUAUAUCGUUGUUGAGAGAAGUUCUAGACAGUGAUUAUGAUCCAUUGACUUAUGUUGAGAAAUGCUUAAGAGGAGAAAUCAAAGCUGACAAUGCUGAAUGGAAUACAAGUGAUUUAACAGCAAGAUUAUCAUGGAUUAAUUGGGAGAAUCUUGGAGUACAUCCAGGCAGACGAACAUUGUUAACAACUUUGGCUUUAGGAGCUGACACAUCACAUCUUAUGGGAUCUCAUAUUUGAAUAUCAAAUGCAAUAUUGAAUGAUUUUCAUUAUUUAUAAAAUGUGCAAUUUCUGGUGGAUUUUAAGGACAUGAAAAUAAUUUGUUUAUCACUUCUUAAUGCUACUUAAGUUCCAUCCACAAAACAAUUCAAGACAAAUACUUCAAACAGAAUAGAAAUUUGCCAGAAAAAGGAAAAGACUGGUUUUGAUGGUCCAUGCACGUGGUGAAAUUUUAAAAUGAAUGAGUUGAAAGGACCUUACGCCAAUCACGUGCAAGAGGAAACGAUUCAAAGCGGAAAAAUUGAAGGCAAUUGAGGGUGAAAAUAUGUUUAUAUGUUAUUAUCGAGAUGUGUUGAUUUCAAAAUUGUUUAUUAAAUGAUGUGAGCCAAUUAUAGCUUAAGUGACAAUCUAUAAUUUGAUAGAAUUAAAUGAAAAGUUUAAAAAUUCUAGUUUUAAAGGAAUAUUUAAGAAAAAUAAAGGAAUUGAAACGAAA